AACCAAAACCUCGAAAAACCAGAAAAAAUAAACAAGCACGCAAAGAAAGGAAUUCACAGGAGAUACCUUAUAUAUAUCUUUAUUUGCACAUCUCUUUCAUUUCCCCCUCUUUCCUUUUUUAUCAAAGAGAUAGAUUCUCUCUCUUUCUCUCUGAUCCCCCUUCUCCUUGAAGAAGCGCUCUCUCUCUCUCUCUCUAAUGGAAGCAUUUCCACACAAGAUUGCAAUAUUGCAUAUAUUUCUGGGAUUCUUUCUAACUUUAUCAGGUUUUGGUUCUGUAAGAGUAGUAGAUUCCCUCGGCAUAAAUUAUGGUCAAGUCGGAAACAAUUUACCACCCCCUGAUAAAGUUCUUGAGCUCCUGCACUCACUUAGGAUAACAAAAGCACGAAUUUACGACACAAAUCCUCAAGUUUUGACAGCAUUUGCCAACUCCAACAUAGAACUCAUGGUGACAGUUGAAAACCAAGUGUUAACAACCUUAAUGGAUCAACAACAAGCCCUUCAAUGGGUAGGAACCCAUAUUAGGCCAUAUUUUCCUACCACUAGGAUCACUGGAAUCGCUGUCGGAAACGAGCUUUUCGCCGGCGAUGACACGACACUAAUAACUAACGUCGUACCAGCCAUGGUGAGCAUUCAUGCAGCUUUAGUGAAAUUAGGGUUAGAUCAAUACAUUAAGGUUACAACACCCCAUUCUUUAGCAGUUCUUGCGGCAUCAUAUCCACCUUCUGCCGGAAGUUUCCAAUCUGAACUCACCGGUAUAAUGACGCAAAUUUUAAAGUUUUUGGCUGAUACAGAGGCACCAUUUUUGAUCGAUGCCUACCCUUAUUUUACAUAUAAAGAUGAUCCCAAUAGGAUUCCUAUAGAUUAUGUACUGUUCAACCGUAAUCCUGGAAUGGUUGAUCCUUACACAAAACUACAUUAUGACAACAUGCUGUAUGCUCAAGUGGAUGCAGUAAUAUUUGCCAUGGCUCGAUUAGGUUUUCAAGGGAUUGAAGUUAUGGUUUCCGAAACAGGGUGGCCAUCAAAGGGUGAUCCAGAUGAAAUUGGCGCGACGGUCCAAAAUGCCGGUAUGUACAAUCGGAAUUUAAUGAGAAGGCAGUUGAAAAAUGAGGGGACACCAUUAAGGCCUAACAUGAGACUCGAAGUUUAUGUUUUUGCAUUGUUUAAUGAAGACAUGAAGCCCGGCCCGACAUCUGAGAGAAACUAUGGGCUCUUCCAGCCCGAUGGAACGAUGGUAUACAGUGUCGGGAUUUCUGCGUUAUCCACUUCCUCAACUUCAACUUCAACUUCAUCUACGUCUAUUUUCCUAACUUCAAAUGCCAUCCAGGUUAAACAGAAGGGAAUGGGAUAUAAAAGCUUGAUGUGCUCAAUAUUUCUAUAUUUGCUGGUCUUUCAAGUUUUUUAUCAGAAGACAGAAGGUGUUAAUCCCUAGAUAACACAAGUAAAUAUCACUUUUGGAAGAGAAAAUUAAUUUUUGCACGUUUUGCACAAAAUUAAGUCUUCUUAUUUCGAAGUUGAAAUAAAUUAUAUUCUCCACUUACAUAUGUAUACAAAAUUAUAUGUAUAUCAUUUUGUCUUCAAAAUCUCCUCAUCUACUCUUGCUUUGGAUUCAACUCUUAAA